CACAGAGCUCUGAGCGGAUGUUUCCGGUUUGACCGUUGUUUUGAAAGAUCAGGACGGACCGUCGCUUUCAGAAAUACUGUGUUGUGUAACAGAAUAAAUUCUGCAUCUGUCGUUGAUGGCCCGGCUGUGUGUUGAGGUAGAAUGGGACAGAGCACAUCAGGCCCAGAGUCCACAGAACCUCCACAGCUGGACAGAUUUGGAAACAUCAAGAGUUUAGUGGAGGAUCAGCUGCAGACCAGCAUGGUGGUGGGAAUAAUAAUUGGCGCUGGAGUCGCCAUCGUCCUCAUCGCUGUCCUCAUAUUUUUUGUCAUGCGCAGAAUUCAGCUCCGCAAACUGGAGGCUCAGGAAGCCCCGAAGUAUCGCUUUCGUAAAAGAGACAAAGUCUUGUUUUAUGGGAGGAAGAUUAUGAGGAAGGUGUCUCAGUCCACCUCUUCGUUAGUGGGCUCCGCUUCGUCCUCCAGGCCCCGCCUCAAAAAGAAACAGAAGAUGCUGAACAUUGCCAAAAAGAUCCUGCGUUUUAAGAAGGAAGUGCCCACUCUGCAGAUGAAGGAACCUCCUCCGUCAGUGCUGGAGGCAGAUCUCACAGAGUUCGACGUGGCCAAUUCGCACCUGCCAUCUGAGGUGCUCUACAUGCUGAAGAACGUGCGUGUGUUGGGGCACUUCGAGAAGCCAUUGUUCCUGGAGCUGUGUAAGCACAUGGUGUUUCUGCAGUUCCAGCAGGGCGAAUAUGUCUUCAGACCCGGUCAGCCUGAUAGCAGCAUAUAUGUGGUACAGGAUGGCAAGCUGGAGUUGUGUCUUACUGGACAGGAUGGAAAGGAUGGAGUUGUCAAAGAAGUUUACCCUGGAGACAGUGUUCACAGUCUGCUAAGCAUCCUUGAUGUCAUCACAGGUCACCAGAGACCUUAUAAAACAGUCUCAGCGAGAGCGGCAGAAGUGUCCACUGUCCUCAGACUGCCUGUCGAUGCCUUUCUGUCCAUCUUUGAGAAAUACCCAGAGAGCCUUGUGCGGGUGGUUCAGAUCAUCAUGGUCCGUCUUCAGAGAGUGACUGUUUUGGCCCUGCACAACUAUCUGGGGCUCACCAAUGAGCUCUUCAGCCAUGACAUGCAGGCUCGUCCCUCUCCUGCCUCUCCUCAUGCAUUACGCUCCAGUCCGGUACGACACAGCAGACGCUUCGGCAGUCUCACCGUUCCUGAUAAACACCGUGAGGCCGCUGUUCAAAAUGCUUCUGGUGGGGAUCAAGGGAAGGAUGGUGGCACAACACCGACACUCAGUAGGACCAUAUCCAUGCCUGUAGACAUCGCAGGAAUUCAGAAGAGUCUGCGUUCAGAUUUCGACAUGGCUUAUGAGAGAGGCCGGAUCUCUGUAUCCGCUGAGGAUGGAGAGGAAAAUCUGCUGAGGAAAACUCCACCUGCUUUCACACGAGAGCAGCGGGAGAGGAAGGUGACUGUGGAUGAGGUUCCUUCAAGUGUGUAUUUGUAUCCUGAGGAGGAGUCGGGCAUGGAGAACAUUUUUACUCCAUUUCAAGGACGACCUAAUGCUGCACUGUUCGAGGAGGCCCAGAAAGAGAUUCUCAAACUCAUGAAGAUUGAGGACCCUGCGCUGCUGAACGGGAGGGUGACGUUUCAUCAUGCUAAAGCUGGAUCUGUGUUAGCCAGGCAGGGAGACCAGGAUGUGAGUCUGCACUUCGUCCUGUCUGGUUGUCUUCAUGUCUAUCAGAAGAUGAUUGACAAGCAGGAAGCAGUGUGUCUGUUUGUGACCCAUCCGGGUGAGAUGGUUGGACAACUGGCUGUACUCACAGGAGAGCCGCUCAUCUUCACCAUCAAAGCUGAGCGGGAUUGUACCUACCUCAAGAUCUCCAAGUCUGACUUAUAUGAGAUCAUGCGUGAGCAGCCAAGUGUAGUUCUCAGUGCAGCUCACACCGUGGCUAUCCGCAUGUCCCCGUUUGUACGGCAGAUGGAUUUCGCCAUUGACUGGAUGGCUGUUGAAGCCGGACGGGCCCUGUACAGGCAAGAUGAUCAGUCCGACUGUACCUAUAUUGUGCUGAAUGGACGACUGCGUUCUGUCAUCCGAAAAGCAAAUGGGAAGAAGGAGCUUGUUGGAGAGUAUGGCAGAGGAGAUCUCAUUGGAGUUGUGGAGGCUUUGACUCGACAGCCUCGUGCCACCACAGUCCAUGCAGUCAGAGACACUGAGCUGGUGAAGCUUCCAGAAGGAACACUCAACAACAUUAAGAGAAGAUACCCGCAGGUGGUGACACGCUUGAUCCAUCUGCUGGGGCAGAAGAUUCUGGGGAACCUCCAGCAGCCCCGUGGACCUUUCUCAAGCUCCGCUUUGGGUCUGCCAAGUGUAGCAUCGAGUCCGGACGUCACUAACCCAGCUAGUAAUCUCUCCACUGUGGCAGUGCUUCCUGUUUGUGAUGAUGUACCAAUCAAUGCCUUCAAUUUGGAGCUCAGCCAUGCCCUCAGCGCCAUAGGACCAACACUGCUGCUAACCAGUGACAUCAUCAGAGAGAGACUUGGAGCUUCUGCUUUGGACAGUAUUCAUGAGUACAGGUUAUCAGGCUGGUUGGCUCAGCAGGAGGACAUUAAUCGUAUAGUGCUGUAUCAGACGGACAGUGGUAUGACCCCAUGGACUCAACGCUGUAUACGACAAGCUGACUGUAUCCUCAUUGUGGGGCUUGGAGACCAGGAACCUGCACUUGGAGAGUUGGAGCAGAUGCUGGAGAACACAGCAGUACGGGCCCUGAAGCAGUUAGUUCUGCUGCAUCGUGAGGACGGGCCAGGUCCGUCGAGAACCGUUGAAUGGCUGAACAUGCGAAGCUGGUGCUCUGGACACCUUCACCUGAAGUGCCCUCGUAGAAUUUUCUCACGAAGAAGCCCCUCCAAACUGCGAGAGGUAUAUGAAAAGGUUUUCGAGAAGACUGCAGACACACACAGUGAUUUCUCACGGCUGGCUCGAGUACUCACAGGAAACAGCAUAGCCCUAGUGCUGGGCGGAGGCGGAGCCAGGGGCUGCUCUCAUGUUGGUGUAAUCAAAGCCAUGGAGGAAGCAGGAAUUCCCAUCGACAUAGUGGGAGGAACUUCCAUUGGCUCAUUCAUUGGUGCUCUGUAUGCAGAGGAGAGAAGUGCUGUUAGGGUCAAGCAGAGGGCAAGAGAGUGGUCCAAGGCAAUGAACUCUGUAUUCAAAACAGUACUGGAUCUUACUUAUCCAAUCACAUCCAUGUUUUCUGGCUCUGCCUUCAACACCAGCAUCUCUAAAGUCUUUGAGGACAAACAAAUCGAGGACUUGUGGCUGCCAUACUUUAACGUGACCACAGACAUCACAGCUUCUUCUAUGCGUGUUCAUAAAGAUGGCUCCCUGUGGCGCUAUGUCAGGGCGAGCAUGACCCUUUCCGGGUACCUGCCACCCCUCUGCGACCCUAAAGAUGGAAACCUGCUCAUGGAUGGAGGAUACAUCAACAACCUGCCAGCGGACAUAGCUCGUAAUAUGGGCACAAAAACAGUCAUCGCCAUCGAUGUGGGUAGCCAGGAUGAGACUGAUCUCUGUAACUACGGUGACAGUCUUUCUGGCUGGUGGCUGCUAUGGAAACGAAUCAACCCGUGGGCAGAGAAAGUGAAGGUGCCUGACAUGGCUGAAAUCCAGUCCCGUUUGGCCUAUGUAUCUUGUGUACGACAGCUGGAACUUGUCAAGAAGAGCGCAUACUGCGAGUACAUUCGGCCACCCAUCGACCGCUUUAAGACCAUGGACUUUGGGAAAUUUGAUGAAAUCUAUGAUGUGGGUUAUCAAUAUGGUAAACUAUUGUUUACUGAGUGGGCUCGUGGGGACAUUAUAGAAAAUCUGCUGAAAGACCAUCGCUCAGCGGACUACAAUGACAGCAAGAAGACUGAUUCGUGCACGUGUCCUAGUGCAGACUUCACUGAUCUAGCUGAGAUUGUGUCCAGGAUUGAGCCGGUGCAGAGCUACUUAGCAGCUGAUGCAGAGGAGUCUGACUAUGCGACGGAGUAUGAGGAGGACGGGAUGGACACAGUGAGAGAGGAGGAGGGUGAGGAAGAGGAAGAGGAGGAGACCGAAGACCCUGAGGACCAGUCUCCUGGAGAAUGGGGACCAAAUGGGAUCUUCACAUCAGAUGAAGAGAAGACCGUCCGUCAGAGGAAGAACAUCACCAGGGACCCCAACUUGGACUUCUCUGGAGUGUCAGAUUGCUGAAAAGGGAGUAAUGCAGGGUCAAAGGGCACUGGAAAGAGAAGCAGAGUCCCAUCAGGGACUCAUGAGUAUAAAGACAAAUACAGAAGAAAAGACUUCUGAAUUAAUAAGAUUGUUGGAAAGUCACCAAAGAUAUUGUGAUUAAGACCCUGUUAACACUACAUUACCCACGACUUGUCACCAAAACUGUGACUCUGUUAGGUCUUUGGGAUUUUUUUUUUUUUUUUUUGCUCAAGACUUUACAAAAACAGGGUCCAAAGACUACAGGGACCCACCAAGGCAGAGGAACAACUCCUUUUGAGAUGUUUUGGGUGUUUCAUGGGAAAAUAUGUCUACAGUAGCGGCCAGUUUACCACUAUCCUUCAGUUCUGGUUUUCCUGUCUGUUUCCAGACGAUACCAGUUCAGUAGAGAUGGUGUGUGGUGUGUCUGGUUUGUGAUCUUAUUUUUUUGUUUUAUUUUUUGUGAAAAUGUGUGUGUGUGUGUGUACGGCCACAACCUAAACAUGCAUUGGCAACUCCUCUCAUAAGAUGCCUUCUAGACUGAAAAUGGCUUCCCAAGAUGCAUUGAGAAAAGACUGUAUAGGUUUAGAAAGACUUCAAGAGGAAGUGAUGUAAUGGUUAGAUUGUGAUUUGAUGUAAGGUUGCAAUGCUUGCUCCUUAUUAGGAAAAAAUCACUGUAGAUUUUUAGAAACACUGUUCCUGAUAUCUAGGGCCCUAUUUUAACGAUCUGAAACGCAAGUGUCAAAGCGUGAAGCGCAAGUAAGUUUGUGGGCGGGUCUCGCCGCUGUUGCUAUUUUCCCGGCGGGAUAAAUGGCUCUUGCGCCCGGCGCAAAUCUAAAAUGGGUUGGUCUGAAGUAGCUUCAUUAUUCAUAGGUGUGGUUUGGGCGUAACGUGUAAAAAACCAAUCAGAGCGUCAUCCAACAUUCCCUUUAAAAGCAGGUGCGCAAGUUCCAUUAUGGAUUGCUAUUAUUAUGGCGUAUUUACCAGGCGCACGCCAGGAGCGGUUCACAGCCGAGGAGACUGAUGUUCUUGUAAGAGCAGUGAAAGACAGAGAAGUUGUGUUGUAUGGGGAUGGGAGAAACCCCCAAAAAAUUUUUUUGGGGUAACAAUUUAUGAUUUGCAAAAAUAACUGUUGCAUCUGUGUAGAUUACAUGAGCAAAGUGUAUGCGCGUUGUGCACACUAUACAUUAUGGUCAAGCAUGUGCCCUUAAAAUAGCAUAAUGAACAACGCGCAACGCGCCACUGACUUUAGACUAGGUUUUUUUCUGGUCAGUGGCGCAAUUGUUUAAUGGAACAGCAAAAUAGCACCAGGGAUUGUUUGCGCCGGAACAGCCCAGGGAGCGCAAGUUCAUUCACUAGUUUAGCGACGUGCUUCUGUGGAGGGAAAAGCGCGCUUUGCGCGGGUGCAAAAUAGGAAUGACACAUGCGUCGGUGUACAAAGUCAGUUGCGCUGGGUGCAAGAUAGGGCCCCUAAUAUUAUUUUAAAGAGGGUCAACAGAGUGGAAAGCUAUGUAGGUGGUCAAAUGUGGGAUAAAGUAUAAUAGGAAAGAUCUCAGUGGGACUAAAAAAAUUGGAUGCCCAAAUAAUGUAGAGUAGUAGUAAGGUAGAGAGCAAGGCAGUGAGAGUUGUAGGAAGGAAGUGGAUCGUGGGUAUGAGUGAGGAAUUGGGUUUGAUAUUAAGAGAAAGUGGAUAUGUUAGAGAGCGAGAGUGUUAAGGAUUGUGAGGAAGUGAAGAGUGGUAGAGAAUGAAGAAGUGAGAGCAGCAGAGAGUUAGGAAGUGAAUGCGGCAGAAAUAGGGGGAGUGAUUGCGGUAAUGAGCGAGAAAAUGAUUGCGGUAAAGAGUGAGUAAGUGAGAGCUAUAGGGAAGGAUGUGGGUCAUAGGUGUGAGUGAGGAAGUGGAUGGAAUAGAGUCAGGAAGUAGAUGUGGUAGAGAGCAAGAGCAAUAAGGAGUGUGAGGAAGUGAGCAGGGUAGAGAACAAGGAAGUGAGAGCAGUAGAGUAAGGUAGUGAUUGUGUGGUAGUAAGUGAGAAAAUGAUUGUGCUAUUAAGUGAGAAAAUGAUUGCGAAGUGUGCAAGAAAAUUAUUGCACUAUUGAGCGAGAAAAUGAUUGGGGUAGAGAGCGAAAGAAUGAUUGCGGUAGUGAGUGAGAAUAUAUUUGCGGAAGAGAACGAGAAAAUGAUUGCACUAUUGAGCGAGAAAAUUAUUGUGGUAGAGAGCGAAAGAAUGUUUGCUGUAGUGAGUGAGAAAAUAAUUGCAGAUGAGAACGAGAAAAUGAUUGCACUAAUGAGUGAGAAAAUUAUUGUGGUAGAGACCGAGAAAAUUAUUGUGGAAGAAUAAUUGUGGUAGUGAGCGAUUAAAAUGUUUGAGCUAGAGAGCUAUACAGUUAUUGCGGUAGUGAACAAGAAAGGAUUGCGGUAAAGAGCAAGAAAAUGACUCCUGUAGAGAUUGAGGAAGUGAGUGUAAUAAAGAGUCAGGAAGUGGAUACGGUAGAGAACAAAAGCGGUAAAGAGUGUGAGGAAGUGAAGAGCGGUAGUGAUAGUGGAAAUGGUCAUGGUAAUGAGUGAGGAAGUGAGACCGGCAGAAAGUGAAAAAUGAGUGACAAGAGUGAGGAAAGGGAAUGCAGAAGGCUUUUAUGAGGAGUAUUGUUAAUGCCAAAAAUAUCUUGUGUGGAAUUGGAUGCAAGUUUUGCCUGUGUGUGUUUUCAACCUUUUAGAAAUACAGAACUACUUGUGCUUCAGGUAGACGAGGUGGAUGCCUUAUUUUGUUUUUGCACAUUCACAAAGCAAAAAAAAAAAAAAAAAAAAUAGAUAAACAAAAACACAUGUAAUAUAAUCCCAUGAAGAUGUGGGGAGUUUAAAUUGUUAUAUUUCUGAACGAGUGCCAGGUAUGCAGUGUCCAGUACUGGAGCAGAUCAUUGCACUCCAAAGCAAAUGUCAUCCUUCCCAUAUUCACCAACCUAAAAACUGUCCGUAAUAAAUGUAUAUUAUCUCUGAAACCUCACUGAGAUGUACAAAAGUCCUCAACCCUUGAUGAUUUUGCUUUUUUUCAGUCUUUUAUGCUGAGACGGUUUGUUUUAUAUGUUCAUGAGAAUUGAAAGGAUUGCCAACUACUAUUUAAUUUAUUUGUUUAACCACUGGCUUUUUAAAUAGCUUUUAAAAACACUUUAGAGAUUGUAUAGAAUAACAGUAAGCGGUUUCUUAUUUUGCUCGAUUAGCAUUUUUGCACUGAUGAUAAUGAAGAAAAAAUGAUGUUGAAUGUCUAAUGUAAUGUUGAACUGUCUAAUAUAAAAGGUGGCUGAGGUACAGACGGGUCAUGUGUGUAUGACCAUUUGAAGCCUCAGAAAUAAAUGUUGGAUAAUGAAUAAUAAAAUCCUAUUUAAUGCCA